UUCAGACUAUUUAUUUGAACAAAUUGCAUAGCCCAACGGGACUUGUGAAUCUGAGGUUUUCACAAGCAGGUUGAAUUAUUUCACUACACAAAUAUGCCACAUCCCUGGCUCCUUCCAUUUUGGAUAAUCCGAUAAACAUCCGGCCCUGAGUUCCGCCGAUAGGAAGCAGUCUUUGCAAGUGCGGUUGAUGGGCAGGAGCCCCUCGCUGCUGUCACUGGAGGAGCUGGGAGGCGGGGUGUGGCCGCUGAAGGGUUAAGCGAAGCUGCAGCCAGACCGAGUCGUGCCGGUCCGGGUCAUCCCGCGCUGAUAGCGCCCGCCACGUCGGAGGCAGACAGUGCUCGGCACCCGGCCGGCACACCACACCACAGCGGGCCGCCGCCGGCUCCGGGCCGCCCGAUGAAGCGCAGCAUGGAGGACUACGAGACAGAAGAUGACGAGCCGUGGUAUGACCAGCACGACCUGCAGCAAGAUCUGCAACUGGCAGCAGAGUUGGGGAAGACUCUUCUCGAACGCAACAAGGAACUGGAAGAUUCGCUGCAACAAAUGUACACAACCAACCAGGAACAGGUCCAGGAGAUAGAGUAUCUCAGCAAACAACUGGAGAUGUUGCGACAAAUGAACGAGCAGCAUGCGAAGGUAUACGAGCAGUUGGAUGUAACGGCACGUGACCUGGAGCUUAACAACCAGAGGCUGGUGGUAGACAGCAAGGCUUCACAACAGAAGGUAGAGCGCUUCUGCUGGAUUGGACAGUACGUGCACAGUAUUCAACUAUUGGGACUCAUCCUUCCAGACACGUCCUUCCCUUCACUUGGAGCAGCCGAAUCAACGGCAGAAGGAAACAGCCUUGAGGGAUUCACAGACUUCCCGCCACCGGAGCAGCCGUGCUUCAUCCCGCAGGAGGGGAUGGAUUCAUGGUUGACAGAGACGAUUGAAGGUCUACAGAACCAAGUGGACAUGCUUCAUAGCCAAGUGCAUGAAAUGAGGAAUAUGGAUCAGCUGCGCGUUCGCAGGGAUAAACGGGAACGCCGGAAAACUAUCCACACUUUUCCCUGCUUGAAGGAGCUUUGUGCUAAGCCCAGGUGUAGUUCCCUGGACGACGCGACGCCUGGGUCGGGCAGCCUGGCCAGUCCUGAGCGGCUGGAGAAAGAGAACGAGCGGCUGCGUUUGAGCGCCAACGCCCUGCGCUUGCAGCUGGGCCAGGAGCGGCAGCGUCGGGAGACGGCGGAGCACGAGUGCACGGUCGUGCUGGGCGAGUACGGCGAGCUGGAGCGGCGGUUGGGCCAGCUGGAGAGCUGCAAGCUACGGGUGCAGGAACUGGAGGCCGAGCUGCGGGAGCUGCAGCAGCUAAAGCAGGCGAGGAGGUAUCUGAUCAGCGGCGACGAGGGACUGACCGAGGCGCUGCUCCAGCCGCUCACCUCGGCCCCGGAGACGGACGACGCGCCCUCGGAUGCGACUGCUGCCGAACUCGAGGUCGGCGUGUCGCGCGUGCGCAAGAGUUGCAGCGACACAGCACUGAGCGCCAUCAUCACGCGCGAUGAAGUCAGCCGGCACGAGGGCAACUACACCCUGCACGCCAACAGCGUGCGCAAGCGCGGCAUGUCGAUCCUGCGCGAGGUGGACGAGCAGUACCACGCACUGCUGGAGAAGUAUGAGGAGCUGCUGGGAAAGUGCCGGCGCCACGACGAGGGCUUGCGUCAUGCCGCCGUGCAGACGUCGCGGCCCGUCUCGCGCGACACCUCGUGCCGCGACUUCCUGCUUGAGUGCCUGGAGGCCGAGGUGAAGGCGCCCGAGAAGAGCCUCAGCCUCAGCCAGCAGGUGGAGGCGGCGGACAAGCGGCUGGGACAUUCCCAACCCGAGUACAAGGCCCUCUUCAAAGAGAUCUUCUCCCGCAUCCAGAAGACCAAGGCUGACAUCAGCGCCUCCAAGUGCAAGGUCAAGGCCUCGGACUGAGCUGCUCGCCCAGCCCCGUCAGUGGGAGGAGCGCUGACGGAUCUCUCUAGGUCUUUGUGCAAAUGAGAUAUCCAUUCUUUGCGGCCAGGCCGAGGGUCGAUGGCUUGUCGUUCUCCUGGGUCCCCUUCACUGGCUGAUCCCCGACCGCACCGGCACACGCCUGUCUUUUGUUCUAAAGUUGAGCCGGGAGGCUGGAGAGAACUUCAUUGAAACGUACCACAGGUUCAAUGACACUUUACACCGUAUUCUGUUGCUGUUGGGGUUGACAACACCAAGGCAAAACUGCGCAAGCGGACUGACUGCGUCCCGGGGCCAGGGGUACGAUGGGUGGUGGUGUAUUUGUUAACCAGGCCUCCUCAUAAAUGACUCUUAUUGGGCUGGGGUGUUAGGGACAAUAUGCAAUAAUGUAAUUGCUUUAAGAAAUGUAAGUAUCUGUCUGAUAUGGGAGAGAUAAGCACUAAAAUGGCAUUUGACGAGAUUCCUGCCCACUCCUGAUAUAGAUAUUUGUUUUCAGAUGUGCUUUACCUGCCUUUUAUAUAAUGAGAUGUCAUGGCCCAUCACCUCUCUCCAGUCUUGUAUUUCCCCUCCUGAAGUUGCUGAAAUGCAGCCAUUCCUCUGGGUGAUGCCUCUGGAUGAGCCCAGAUUGAGUGUUUGACCUUGAAGUAAAUCGGCCAGAGAUCCUGCUACUGCCCUCUCCAUCUGGGCCAGUGUUGCUGCUGCUGGGGUUUCUAUUUUGCUUAAUGUGCAAUAGUUAAAUAGUCAGUAUUAUAUUAAUUUGCUGCCUAUCUCUGCCUGAGGGAUUGGUGUGCUAUCUUUGGAGAAGGCCUGCACUAAAACGGAGCCUAACCAACUGCUGACCUCUUGUUUCACAGUACUUCAUCUGUGUUGGUUGUGGAAACUCCUGUAUAAUUUGUCUUCAGAGCUCAACUAACUAUUCUGUUGUGUAGUGCUACCAACUACAGUUUCAGAUCCACAAGCCUGCAUUAGUUUCAUGGAAUUGGAUAUCCCAGAUGUCAGGGAGUAUCUCAUUUUCUCUGUUCUGAGCCUGUGGUGAUAUCUGGUGACUUCACCCACAUGAGGCACGAUAGAGGUUCUGAAACCUGGAUGGACCCAUUUGCUGGACUGGCAUCUCUCAACAUAAUUCUUAAAGGAAUAUUGGUUUCUUCUCCUCAAUGGGGAGAUGGUGGGUGACAUCGGGUAUGUAAUGGAGUCCAGGGCCCUAAUUCUCAGUGGACCACAGGUUGAAGAACUAUGCUGAUGGCUAUAUAAUGCAGAACAAAAUGAAGGGAAAGGCUAAGGGCAGAGAUAGUCCCAGGUUCUCGUUUCUGCUGGGUAGUAGGAGAUCUGUAUAGUUGACUGUGAUGUACCCAGAUUGAAAAACACUUGGUCUGAAUUGGGAUUGUUGAGGGGUUGGGAAUUGAUCAGAUGGAACCCAAUCAGCUGAUGAUGGGAGUUGGGAUUGUUAUGGAUCUCUGUCACCAAUAUUGCUUAGUCUCCAUCUUCUAAAUGAGAAGUGCCAAAAUGUAUGCAUUUUUUAACUUAAAAAAAAUGUAAUUUUCAAAUGAGAUACUAAACUUUUCCUUUUGUCAUUUGGACAUUAAAAAACAAUGUUACUGUUA